AACGAGUAAGUAAACGUUACGUCACUACUUCCGCAUCGCUUGACAGAGGAACAACAUGGAGGAAGCGGUAGAUGUGAGCCUGGAACACGGCGCCGCCAUGAUACAAGAGCGUCUAGAGAAACGGAACCAGGAGAGGAUCGAGGAUGCCGAGCGGAGGAAGGAAGCGAAAGAGAGCCAGUCUGUCGCGGAGGAGAAGGGAGACUACUUCUUCCUCUCCUUUAACAGAGAGAGAGAGUCCAUAGAGGAGCUGCUGGCCAGCUGCUCCGGAGUAGACCGGGCUGUGCUGACUCAAAGGCUGGAGGAGGCGACCACCAAAACACUCCAGCUGCAGAAGUUCCUCAGUGACAGCACCAUGUUCCUAAAGUCCUACGACCUGAGACAAGCCCAGGCUGCUCUCCAGAAACUACAAACCUCCCUCGCUGAGACCAGAGAGGAGGGUCUGCCUAAGAAGAAGUUUGCCUUUCGAGCUCGCACCAAAGCCACAGAUAAAGCACCUGCCCCAGUGUCUGAUGUUGGCACACCUGCAGGGUCAGGUAGCUCUGAGGUGGAUGCACCUGCAGAAGUCUCUGAGAAGUGUGGCUUCUCCAACAUGGACAGUGUGUGUCUAACAAAGACAGCUGAGGAGAUCCAUAAACAAGACUUGCUGUUGACUCACCUGACAAACUGCAAGGUCCGCCUGUUUGGGUCCCCCAGCACGCUGCACCUGAAACACAUCGACAGCUGUGAGAUCCUGUGCGGGCCGGUGUCCAGCUCAGUUUUCAUUGAUCAGUGUAAAAACAGCACUCUGGCCUUCCCCUGUCAGCAGCUGCGGACUCACAACACCACAGACACACAGGUGUAUCUGCACGUCACAAGCCGGGCCAUCAUAGAGGACUGUCAUGGGGUAACCUUUGCACCAUUCUCUUGGUCCUAUCCAACACUGGAGAAGGACUUUGCAGUGUCAGGACUGGACCAGAACCUGAACAACUGGAGCGAGGUGGACGACUUUAACUGGCUCGCUGCAGGAACACCUUCGCCAAAUUGGACUGUUCUUCCAGAAGCAGACCGGAAAACCAACUGGGAAACCAUCAAAUGAAAUAUUUCAGCCGAGGCCUGCACAAGAAUCUUCUUGUCGGUUGUUUCACUGACUGUUAGUGAUUAUUUUUGCUGCUGUUGGAGUUGAACUCAUUCACUAAUUAUGUUGCACUGCUUUAAGAAACUUUGUACGACAGGGUUAGAGCUACACUCCUGACUUCAGGUGACAAGCCAUACGAUUUGUCAACUAAAUCACAGAGGCUGUCGUACAGAGGAUUCAAACUUAAGCCAAAAUCAGCACUUAUUAGGCGUGGUAUUGAUAGAUUUUACUGCACACACUUCGCAAACAUUUGAAAAUUGAUGAGCAAAAUGCUAAAUAAAAAAAAUAUAAUGCAGUGAAAGACCUCACAAAUAACCAUCUUUCACAUUUUGUUAAAUGCGGUAUUAAAAAUUAUAAAGAAGCCUUUUUGUUUUUGUGCUUUUUUCCCAAUUCACUGCUACAAAUGUAUGACUUUGUUUUUAAACUUCAUAAUUGAAUGCACAUUUUGCCUAAUAAACUGAGCUUGGCUGUAACCCGACAGCAGUGUUA